AGUGGAUAUUGUGGCUUAGAGCUCGAGUUACUUUCCAUUUCUUUCUCUUUCUGACAGUUUUCCAGAGAGACUGGUUGCUCUCUUCACCAAAGGUUUGAGAUAGAAAGGCAGCAAGUACCAGAGGGACUUGGCCUAUGGCAGGCUGUGUGGAGGCAUGAGGAGUCCAAGCCUCCUCUGGUCACCUUGGCCACGUCCCUCCUGUCUAACCAGCUCUGUUCACCAGCUUGGCAGCCUUGAUUGGGUUUCAGCUGGCUGCUAGGGCAGCAUUCAUUAGGGAAAAACAAGGGUUGCAUCUACCUCUCUGGUGGCAGCCCAGGGAGUGACCCAGUGCCAGAUGAGUGCUCAGGGUCUUGGUAAUGGUAACAGCAGUGCUGCUUUUGGGAGGUGCUGAUCUCUCUCCAGAGGCUAUAGCACACGCUCAGGGGUGCUUGGCUACUGACUGAGGCUGAAGGCAUGAAGCUCCAGUGCGUCAUCCUGGCCACUCUGCUCUUCCUGCUGCCAGCAGGCCACGGUGGCAAGCCCGAGAGCUCCGCCAUCGACCUGCGCACCUUCAUCGGCUGCGCCGUGCGCGAGUUCACCUUCCUGGCCAAGAAGCCUGGCUGCAAGGCGCUGCGGAUCACGACGGAUGCGUGCUGGGGACGCUGCGAGACCUGGGAGAGGCCAAUUCUGGAACCGCCCUACAUCGAGUCUUAUCACCGCGUGUGCACCUACAACGAGACCAAGCUGGUGACGGUGAUGCUGCCGAAGUGUGCCCCGGGUGUGGAUCCCUUCUACACUUAUCCUGUGGCCAUCCGCUGCGACUGCGACAUCUGCUCCACUGCCACCACCGAGUGUGAGACUGCCUGAGCUCUCCUUCCCCAGGGCAGGUGAGGGAGGGCCAGAUUCUUCCCUGGCUCUGCACCCCAGGUAUCUCCAGGCUUACGGAGGGUGUGAGUCAGUCCAGAAUUUGAUCUUACCAUCUAAUGCUCCUAAUCAUUGACUUUCCUAGGCAGAUGAGGCUUAAUCCCUUCUCCCCAUGCUGUUUAAAGCACUAUAGCUGUAGAAACGUAAUGCAGAGCCUUACAAUAGCAAAUCCUAUGGAAAAGAAAAAAAGGAUGCUGUUUCCCUUCUUCACAGGCUUUUCACAGUAUGUGACCUUUCUUCACGCACAAAAUGCACAUGGACUAAAUAGUCACAGAGCAAUUGGAAACAGGCCAUGAAGGCAUUACAGCUGGUGGAACAGCCUCUUUAUUCAUUUCAGGUUUUAGCGCCUUCCCAGUAAUGUAAAUGUAAUUACCAGCAUUCCCCCCUUCUCGCCCCCCUGUUCUUCUUACACUGAAGUCUAUCAGGAAUAACUGUCAAAGAAAAGGCCGUUAGGCCAAUUAAAUGGAAAUGGGUAUCCAAAUCACCACCUUGAACUUAGGGUGAAUGCAUCCUUAGCCCUGGCUCAGCAAAGUACUUAAGCUCAUGAUUAAGUGCUUUGCUUAAUAUCAGGGGACUUAUAGUUAAGCACGUGUUUCAGUAAUUUGCUUAAUUGGAGCUAUUCUGUUGAAAAAAAUGUUGCCUCACAAGGGACGAUUCCUUAAAAAAAAUGGAAAGAAGCACAUUAAAUCUGUAAAAAACACAAAGAUGCAUUUUUUCCCAUCCUGCUGUUUCCAGGAUUGUCCUGGAGCAGAGCUGACCUCAUAUAAAAUCAGAGAGGCUCUGCACAGCCCAAGGCACCUCCCUUGACAAUUUCCAGAGUUAGAGGGACCAAGCCAAAACACGGCAGAUGAUGGUUUGGUUUCAGUGAGCCCUGGCUGAGGUGAUGGGAAGGAGGGGGCCAUGAAGGGUGUUCCCACAUUUCCUUGCACUGCUGAGCUCCUUGGAGACCUGCUUCUCAAGAAGGACAGUGCACACAGAGCCAGAGGGUAGCCAAAAGUGCUCACAGGAGAGGUGUGGCGUUGUCUGAUACCCAAUAACAUGGCCACCAAGGGUGGGAUAGGCCCAGGACCAGGAAGACAGCAAACGUGUCAAAGGUUGGUUCACACCUCUUCAAACCCACUAUUUACAAACCAGGGGACAUGUAGGAGCUGCUGCAGCAGCCCCCUCAGUGACCACAGCUCCAUAAGUGCCUUUGUCCUCUGGUUCCCACCUGGAAGAGGACAGAUGCAUGUUCAUCUCAUUUCUCCCCUGAACAAAAUGGGACAUGAUGUAAAAGCAUGAAGAUUUUGGCAAAUGCAAUGGGCUCACAGGAGUUUACAAAACAAAGAUGACUUCUCAGAUAGCCAUUAGGAGAGAAUUGCUGCUGAGAGAAAUAUCAGCACCUGACUUCCUCUCCAAUUAAGUGUCUUCUGGAUGCAGUUGACUUCAUUUCCAGGGAUGCAUGCCUAAAAUUUCCCCAGGUGUCCUCUCCUCACUGAGACAGAUUUUUUUUCCUUUUUAAUUUAACCUGUAAUUUAUUAGUUGGUGUCAUGUUUUGUCUGGAAUUGUGAAAGAUGCACUGUGACUGAGUAGGAGGGAGGUAAUUUUAUCAUCUGCCCUCGAUAAUUCUGAAUAUAGACUGCUAUAUCAAACAGCAGCAGGAGUGGUUUUCUGGUGAUGGUGAGUUUAACUGCCUUAAAAAGUCCUUGUGUUUUCUUACAAAUUGCAUUUCUCAAUCUCUCCAAGCUUGUUAUUGUUCUAACCAGCAUCACAACUACUACGGGAAACCUACAAAAUAUUUUGUGUCCUUAAUAAACCCCCAAAUUGUAGUAUGAACGCAAUUUAAAGCAACGUGUCCUUCUUUAUUUAUGCAUAGAGGUUUCUCGUAUAGAACAUGUGUAAGCUCCUAUAAACUCUUUGCCAGAGUUGUGAACACCUGCAAAACAUCUCC